AUCCCACUUGGCUUCCACGACUUCUUUGACAGUGACCUCAUUAGUGUCAUCAACCUUCUCAGCAAAUGAUCCAGGACAUCUGAGUCCAGUCUCUCUGUCACAGCCGGCCCCUUCCAUUCUCUCACCUAACCUAAUCCCUCCCACACCAGUAGGUGACUCUCUGUCACCACAGACUAUUCCUCCCUUAAGCCUCAAAGUCUCACUGAACUGUAUCCAACAUAAACUAACUCUCUCUCUGCCACAACUGCUGCAUCAAGGCACUUGGGAAACAGAGUUACUUCUCCCACCAGAAGAGCUGGUUCUCCGGUCAGCAGCUACCCUAUCUGUGGUAGAGAGCCCUCAUGAGUGGUCAUCUGAUGUUGCAAUAACCAAAGGCACUUUCUAUGCAAGACAUGCAAUGCCAGAAUCCUCCCCGCAGCAGCCAGAUGCUGACAACGAGUCCUCCUUUCAGUUGGUACGCUAUACUAACAAACCACUUCUAGACACCCAUGCUUCUCAAGCCUCAUUUCAGGGAGACAGAGGAGCAUAUUUUACAGAGCAUGGAAACCUCCCAUCUCUCAGCCCUGGUGUCCUGGCACUCUUUGAGAAGCAAGAGAAAAGAGAGACCAAGGCCAUUAUGUCCAAGCAUAACAAAACCAAACCAGAAUCUCUUCCAAAAGCACUAACUUGGGGGGAAAUCUCAGAGUCAGCUGCUAAUCCACAGAACUUGGAAGUCUCCCUUCUUUUGGGUAACAGAAAAGACAAAUCAGUGGACCCUCACGUGUACCAACAGCCCCCUAAUCCCAAGAACUCUGAAGACCAGUUAAAAGCCAAGGAUAUUCAGCUCUUCUGGGGCCCCCCUUCUCUACAUAGUGAGUCCCUGAAACCUCCACCUGCUGCCUUGGGUGACAAUUCCUCAAUAUGUGCUGACUUCAACAGAAUCGCUAAGGCCUCCACAGCCAGCAGUUAUCCUACUAACCCCAUACCUCUGUCCUUGCCUGAGAGUGACCAACAGGCCUGGCCAAAAAGCCUUCUGCAAUCUCAGGUCAAGGAUGUGUCUCAUGCUAGGCCUCGGGCCCAGCCUCAAAGCCAAAUUCCAGACCCGCUACCUUCACUGGCCCAGUUCAGGAUCUGUGGGGUGCGUUUACACAGACCCCAGAAUGAAGCACAACCUCUGAUCCCAGAUGAAAUCCACCACAUCGAAUUCAACAUAUUGCAAAAA